UGUCGUCCCCUAGAAGUGACGUCGUGCUGGUCGUCCAUGUGGCCCUGCUGUGAACAGUGUUGUUGUUAUUCGUAGAUCCGUGUUUCAGAUUAAUAGAGUUUGUUUUUCUUCACCUUUAUUAGUCUGACAUUGUGAGUCGUAGACAGAACCAUCAUGUCUUCCAGCUGUCGCAGACCGGAGCACAUGGCACCGCCGGAGGUGUUCUACAAUGAAGAAGAGGCCAAGAAGUACUCUCAGAACUCCCGAAUGAUUGAGAUCCAGACUCAGAUGUCAGAGAGAGCGGUGGAGCUCCUGAACUUACCAGAAGAUCAGCCGUGCUAUUUGCUGGAUGUAGGCUGUGGCUCUGGACUCAGUGGAGAUUAUUUAUCAGAAGAAGGCCAUUACUGGGUUGGUGUGGACAUCAGCACUGCUAUGUUGGACGUUGCUUUAGACAGGGAGGUGGACGGAGAUCUUGUUUUAGGAGACAUGGGUCAAGGCGUGCCGUUCAGGCCUGGAACAUUUGAUGGAUGUAUCAGUAUCUCAGCGCUCCAGUGGCUGUGUAACGCAGAUAAGAGAACCCACAGUCCUCCCAAGAGGCUCCACGCCUUCUUUAGCUCACUCUACUCCUCCCUGGCAAGAGGUGCUCGUGCCGUCUUCCAGAUUUAUCCUGAAAAUUCAGAACAGCUGGAGUUGAUCACUGCCCAGGCUAUGAGGGCAGGCUUCACAGGCGGCAUGGUGGUGGACUAUCCCAACAGCAGCAAAGCCAAAAAAUUCUUCCUGUGCCUGUUUGCUGGCGUGUCUGGCGUCUUGCCUAAGGGUUUGGGGUCAGAGACUGUUGACAGAAAUGUUCCAAAUCAAGUUCAGUUCACAGGACAGAGGUCUCGCUUCAAAAAUAUGAAAGGCAAGUCAGUGAAGAAGAGCAAAGACUGGAUCCUGGAGAAGAAGGAGAGGCGGCGAAGGCAGGGAAAGGGGGUAAGGGCGGACACAAAGUACACAGGUCGCCAGAGGAGGCCUCGCUUCUGAAGCCCCCAACUCAAGACCCACUGCAGGACUGGCUCUUGGCCUGGUCAGGUGGACUUUCUGAAUGGACUACACAAAAAGCCUGGCCCUGCACACUUCAACACUGUGGACUUAUUUUGCUCAGCUGAAAGCCCACGAUGUGACGAAAUAUGAAAUACGUGAAUGCCUGACAUUACUGACUUAUCAAUUUCCCCUUUUAAGAAGCAUCAAGUCUUCUUAAUGCAGUCUUGGAUGGAAAUACAGUUUUCUGAAGAUAGUUUUAUUGCAUCACAAUAUCCUGAGACAGGAUGAAAGCUAAACUGAUUAGAAGAGCUGUUUUAAUUUGAUGUUAAUAGUACAUUAAGAAGCUAUGGACACCAUGGUUCUGUACAUUUGGCUGCAAAUAUUAAAAUCUCAGCUCAUCUGAUUGUUUCCAAAUUGCGUUUCCUAAAGUUUUGUUUAGCUAAACUGUUUAUGCUUCACCCCAAAAAUACAAUUAAUGCUGUUAUUAAUAAUUAAGGCUGGGUAUUGAUACCGAUACCCAUAUCUUGAUUUCAAUGUUGUUUCCUGAAUUUUUCCCCCCAUACCUUCUUUUAGAUUAUGAUCUGAAAGAGGGUGUGGCUUAAACCAUAGUGUAUGAAUGGAUUUUUUUACUGACCACAUUGGUUUUUAGAUUAAUGCAGGAGUGGUGAUGUUAACAGCAUGUGUGUGGACUGUAAUUUAGACGGCCAAUCAGCAGGCCAGGUUUUGAAACAAGAUAGCUUAUUGGCUCACAGAGACUGAUGAAUGCCAAGGUAUUAAAAUCUGGUAUUUAUGUCAUGUAUUUUUUUCCUGACACUCUGUAUUAUUUAAAUAAUUUGGUCGAUAUUGUAAAGGUAUUGAUACCAGCCCUAUUAAUGACUCAAAGACUAGUAUGUGAAAUUUGUAUUUGUAAUUAUAAUUAAAUAAAAAUUCAAGUAUAACUUAAAGUAGAUACCAAA